AUGACAAGCCUGUCGAGGUUUAGUGGCUGUCCUCUUUCUUGCGUCAACCCCGGGGAGAGCAAUACUGAACCCAGCGUGGUGCUGCCACCUUUGGCAGGGGAGCACAUGGGGCACCCCACUGGCAGUUCCUUAAAACUCUGCCCCUCGCACAAUUUGCGAGACUACCCUGAGACGAGGUCCAGUGCAUAUGUUGACCAUUCGGUUCCCCAUUUUGGAGACUCUGGAUACUCCAGCCACCGUUUAGAGCACAGCCCUAGGGGUAUUGUCAUUGGAGCCAAUCUUUCUGGAACCGGAAUGCCACCCGUCACUGAUCAACUGGUAUCAAGAAGUAACCAACAUGGCGGGAUUGGAAGGUACCGUGACCUGCCUAGCUAUAGAGAUAGCAGAAGCCAUGCUUUUUUCACCGCAUAUCACGAGCAGGCCCAUGGUUCCUCCGACGCGACCCGAGAUCUCUCCGGUCAAGUGAUGUUGGGUCUACCUGGGGACCUCCUCACCCGGACGCACCCUUACGGUCAGAGCAUCAACGGCCCCAGGGGAAACAGCCAACAACUCGUUUCUCAGUUCCUGGGUCUCUACAAACCGCUGAACAUGGCAAUUCAGCGUGGAGGAGGUGACGCUUUCCUCAGGUGCUCCAGACAGAACCUGAAGCACGAACUGGUGUGUAAGUGGACUGACAGCCAAGAGGGGUCUGGGAAGCAGUACUGCGCCAGAACCUUCGGGACUAUGUAUGAACUUGUCACCCAUGUGACAGUGGAACAUGUCGGAGGACCAGAGCACUCUGAAUACGUGUGUUACUGGGAGAAUUGUCCGAGGGACAGAAAGCCUUUCAAAGCCAAGUACAAGCUGGUGAACCACGUCAGAGUCCACACAGGGGAAAAGCCAUUUCCCUGCCCUUUCCACGGUUGUGAAAAAGUUUUUGCAAGAUCAGAGAACCUCAAGAUUCACAAGAGGACACACACAGGUGAAAAACCUUUUAAAUGUGAGUUCGAGGGCUGCAAUCGGAGGUUUGCUAACAGCAGCGACAGAAAGAAGCACUCUCACGUGCACUCCAGUGAUAAACCCUACAUGUGCAAGGUCAGAGGGUGUGAGAAGUGUUACACCCACCCAAGUUCCCUCCGGAAGCACAUGAAGCUCCACUGCAAGGUAUACAGCGCGAAAAGCAGCGAUGGGGACGGGGAACACCUUGCUGUGGCCAGGUCACCCGAAGUAACAGAUCAAUCCGAAACCGCCUUGUCCACCACGGUGACACAACCUCAGCCCCCCACUUCCCAAGAGUCCUUAUCCCCUGAGCUUCAAAACGAGUCCACUCUGAGGUCACGUUUCCACCACACAUUUGACAACAGUUUGGACUACUCCUCACAUAGGUCGCAGGGCCUCUUGGAUCCAUUGUUGAUCCAGAGGGGCAGUUACAGACCUGAGCCCACCCAAUACCCAUGCAGUCAGGCAGGCCACAGUUUCGCCCAGAGCUCCAGGACAUUUUCCACUGCCUCACCCUUUCAGAAAAGUAUUGUCAAUGGGUGGUAUACGUGCCACAGUGGCGUGGACGCUUUCUCACCAAAGCAGUGUAACAACGACAUAUCAUCCAUUUGA